GCAAGCAGCCGGGAAUUUUGCCGAGCGGGCGUUGGCAGCGCGUCGAAUCAGUUUUGCUGUUUUCACACGGCACGCCAGUCGCUUGGUUUGUUUGUGUGCGCGUUUCCUCCGAGACCGGCGAAAAAGGCGUUUUUGACACGGGCCACGCGAUAUUCCAUGAUUAAAAGCGUCGCCUUUGAUUGUAACUCGUUUCCGCAUCAGUCCCAACCGGCGUAAAACAGUUCAGAAAUGAUUCCCUCGAAGCUCAAAGUGGUCGAGCUGAGGGCCGAGCUCUCUUCCCGCGGUCUCGACACCAAAGGUAACAAGGCCGCUCUCGUCGAAAGGCUGGAAAAAGCUCUGGAAGAGGAAGAAAAGGGUUCUGAUGGUAAACAUGAAGUUUCUCAGCCAGCUCAGACUCCUGAUAAGGGGACAGAAGAGAACAAUGAUGACGACGAGAACUUGAAUCAGGAGGAUGAUGCUAAGGAUGAUGAAGAAGUUCAGGCAGAAGAUUGUCAACCAGAAAAUGAUCAGCCAACAGCUACAUCUCCUGUAAAACCACCAUCUUCCCAGGCGUCGCCUGUAAAACAGGUGCCAGCAUCACCAGCCAACCAAGAUGCAGAGGCUAAAUCUAAAUCAGAGACACAAUCCUCCCAGAAAAAUGAAGACCUCCCUCCAAAAGCUGGAUCCAUGGAUGUGGAUGAAACCCCCCCGGAAAACGUAAAAUUAGAGGGCGAUAAAAGAAGUGAUAACGUGAAAGACAACUUAAACGGAUCCUUAAAAGAAGGCUUUGAAAUAAAAGCCGAACCCAUGGAAGUGAAGGUCGAAGGGAAAAGUGAAUCUAAAAAUAAUGAAGUUAAGACUGAGAAACGGGAAGACCGUAAACGCAAGCGGUCACCAAGUCCGAGAAGGGAUCAACAUACUCCAGUCAAGCCUAUUAAAGAAGAUGAGCCGGAUAUCAAAGAUACAGAUGUGACUUUAAGUUGGUAUGAUUCUGAUCUGAAUUUAGUGAUUGAUACAAACUCUUUUAUGGAAGCGACUCCCAUGAGUGACGGUGGCUUCGGUUACAUCUGGGCGGGUGUCAGAGGAACCCAUGCUUAUACCACUGGAAAACUGUGCUUUCAAGUUCGACUUAAAGAAAACUGCAAUAUUUCACAUUUGGAAGAUGAACCAAAUCCCAACGUAUUACGAGUGGGAUGGUCAGCAUUGCACACAUCACUUCAGUUAGGUGAAGAACAAUUUUCUUAUGGCUUUGGUGGUACAGGAAAAGUUGCUGAAAAUUGUAAAUUUUCAAAUUAUGGAAAGUCUUUUGCUGUCGGGGAUGUUGUAACUGCUUACUUGGAAUUCACUGAUCAAGAGUAUGUCAUAAGUUUUGAUGUGAAUGAUGAGAAAUUUGGUGAAGCCUUCAGGGUACCCAUUCCGGACUCAGACAACAAGGGAAAUAAGUGGGCCCUCGCUCCACACGUUCUGACAAAAAAUGUCAAAUUCGAGGUGAACUUUGGCCAGUCGGAUCCUUGGACUGAUGUGAAACCUGAUUAUACAUUUGUCGGCAAAUUCCCCGUAGAGAAUGCAGUCGCUGGGCCUAAAAGACCAGAGAAACGAAGUGACUGUGAAAUGAUCAUGAUGUGUGGACUUCCCGGUUGCGGCAAAACAUACUGGGCUGAUAAAUACAGCAUGGCCAAUCCUGACAAACAUUUUAACAUCCUUGGCACAAACGCUCUAAUUGAUAAAAUGAAGGUCAUGGGUCUACCGAGAAAAGCUAACUACAGCGGCCGGUGGGAUGUGCUGAUUGAAAAGUGUACCAAGUGCUUGGUCCGCCUCAUGGAUGUGGGCUGUCACCGGAGGAGAAAUUACAUACUUGAUCAGACAAAUGUAUAUCCGGCUGCACAAAGGCGCAAAAUGCGCAAUUUUGAGGGUUUCAUCCGGAAGGCGGUCAUAAUUGUGCCUACUGAGGAAGAUUUCAAAGCUCGCUUACAAAUGAUGGAAAAAGAAGAAAAGAAAGAUGUGCCCGAGAGUGCGGUACUGGAAAUGAAAGCAAACUUCUCACUUCCCGAUAAGUCUCUUUUCCAAGAGGUAAUAUAUACCGAUCUUCAAGAAAAUGAAGCAAAGGAAAUGAUCCACAAAUUCAACAAGGAGGCUGCGGCUAAAGGAUACACAAGGAAGGGUCCGGGAGGCCAAGGAGGUGGACCUCCAGUCAAAAAGUUCAGACAGGAAUACCAUCAAAAUCAGAGACAUGAUUACAGAAGAGGAGGUGGACCUGGACCACAUACACCUGGAGGAUUCAGGAGAGGCGGCGGAGGUAUGGGAGACAGAGGAGGCCCACGAGGUGGGAACUGGGCGCCCAGAGGAGGAGGGCCUGACAGAUGGAGGGACAACAGGAACCACUCUGGAGGAGGCUAUCGGCAAGGUGGCGAUAGAGGAGGCGGAUGGAGAGGAGCUGGAAGCAUGGGUGGUAGGGGUCAUAGAGAUUUCGAACGUCCUCCAAGGGGUGGGACUUACGACAGGAAUAACAGGGGUCCUAACACUCCUGCCCGUCAAGGAGGGAACAGUUUCAGGGAUUCCAGGGACAACCAAAGAGGAAAACCAAAGGUGAAUAACAUGCCAAGAGGUGGGCAGUCAACAGGUAACAGCAGUAUGGGCUCCACUGGUGGCACAGUCACCACAGCCAAUAAUGCCCAAGGGCAAUGGGCUAGUGGUGGUGGCCAGUACCAACCACAGUCAUCACAGUCUGGCGGGCCACAGGCUUGGAAUAGCUCAGGUCAACAGCAAAAUUGGGGUCAGUGGGGCAACUACCAACAGCCAUUUAAAGGCUUCAGCCAAGGAGGUACAGGUGGUGGGUACGGUCAACAGGGUGGAUACAACCAGCAACAGGGUUACAACCAGCCAGGUGGAUAUGGCAAUUGGCAGCAGUAUGGUUACCCCGGUUACAAUCAGAAUUGGCAGAACAGUGAAGGUAACACAUUCGGCGCGUAUCAGCAAGCGUGGCCGAACUGGUAUCCAAAUACAGGACCAACCAACACCUCCCAACCACCCCCUUCUAAAUAAAAAAAAAAAAAAAAUGACAUUCCACAAAUGUAUGCAAACACUUUACAUUUUCACUCAAUGUAAUUUGUAGGUAUGACAAUUUUUUGCCUAUAUUUUCUUAUAGGCAAAAUAUGUAUAAAAUGAUUUAUAAAUGUAAUUUUAAGAUUGACUUUGUGCAGUUAAAAAAAA